AUUUCACUGUAUGUGCUCUCCAGCACAGUGUGCUGAGCUCCUCUGUACGGAUCUGGAGUCAAGUCUUGUUGUAUCCCGAAGGUCACACACGUGGGGUUAGACUUUAUCCAUUGGAUUUUUAUACACAAUGAAUUUUCACGGAAUCAACUCAAAUCAGAGAAAGGAGUUAACUAUUUAGACCUCCAAUAGCCAGAACUUAAGCUGAUUCUCUGCGCAUAGAGAUUCCUAUAAGGAAGUAGAAGAUGCAUCUACUGUCAUUACCUGUGCUAUUUUUAUUAUCAUCUUUUAUGAUACCUGCAGAAGCUACGUUUAAUUUGGAUUUCUCGUCACUGCUGUCAACUCUUCUUAAAAGUAAAAAUAAUGGGGCAGAUUCUGGAUACGUCCCAGGGAGCAGUUUAUCAAGACACAAACGAGCAGCUCUGGAUGCAGAAUAUACAGUCGAUAUUGAAGUCAGUUUCCAGGACCCCACUUUACAAGACACUAUCAAGAACUUCAUAAACGGGUUAACGUAUCCAUUGAACUUAACUGGUGGGACAACUAUACAAAGUAUAAAUGUGACUACAGCAUGCACUCAGGUUGGCACAAAUCUGCAGUGUAAAUGUGAAGAUGGUUUUAUAUGGCCGACAGAUAUCUGCAGUAAUUACUCACAAUGUUCUGAUAAUUCAACUGUUAGUAGCUGCAAUUGCAUCAACAUGACUGAAAACACUGGACAGUAUUGUCAAGCAGCGACCACUAUGAGUACCACAACUGCUAUGACCACUCUGAGCAUAACAACCCCUUCAACCACUAUGAGCACUAUGAUUCCUAUGAGCACUACAAGAACUACAACCCUUUCGACCACAACAAUCCCUUCAACUACUAUGAACACUACGAUUCCUAUGAGCACUACAAGAACUACAACCCUUUCGACCACAGCAAUCCCUUCAACAACUAUGAACACUACAAUUCUAUUGAGCACUACAAGAACUACAACCCUUUUGACCACUACAAUCCCUUCAACAACUAUGAGCACUACGACCCCUAAGAGCACUACAAUAACCACAACGCCUACGACCACUAAGACCACCACCAGAACUACGACCACUAAGAGUGCUACGAUCACUGGAAACCCCCAGCAAAAAAGCCUCAGUCUUGGAAUUAAUGAACUAUUUACAGAUGACCUGAAGAAUCCAUCUAGCCCAAAGUAUAAAGAAUAUAAAAAUAAACUGGACACUGCGCUAUCUGAAAGCUAUAAGUCCCUGCCUGGAUUCAGAUCAGCAGCAGUAACAGGCUUCAGACCUGGGAGUGUCGUUGCUGAUUACACAAUCACUGCAGAUCAAUUUGAUGCUUCUUCAAUCCAAGCAGCAAAUAACAACUUACUUGCAAAUUUAACAGGAAUUUUCAAUCUCACUAACCCACCCAUCCUAAAUAAAGUUACAGAUAACAUCACUCUGAACCGGUCUACCGAAUUUCCAUAUCUUGGUGAUAAUGUAACCUUUUUCUGCAAUGUCUCCAUUAAUUCUUACUCAACUAUCAACUGGUACCUAAAUGGUGGCCAAUCCAUUCCUAAUGCUACAAACAAGACAAAUGUACUAAGUGGCAUGAUCUCAUUCACCUUAACGAUAUCAUCACUUACUGCCAGCAAUGCGGGGACCUACUUUUGCAUCGUGAAUCAAGACACUAACUCCUAUCAGGCAUCGGUGAACCUUACUGUGCAAACCAUACAGAUGAAUAUACUAAAUGGAAAUGUGAUUUGUAAUGAUGCCGCCAUGUCUGUGCUCAGCUGCUGUCCAAGUUCAGAAGAAAAUAGGCUAAAGCUAUCUUGUCAGAAUAUCAGUGGAAAUGACUUAACUACAAAAUCCGUAUUCUGGAAUAAUGUUAGUUCAUGUCAAGAGCUGCAAAUCAAGGCAACACAAGACCAAUGUGUAUCUAACAUAUCUUCUAAUUACAACUGUGUUUGUUGGUCCAACAAUGGUGCCAUAACAAAUCAAUCUAUUACUGUUAGAUAUUCGACCCUACAGAUAUAUCCUGUGGUUGACAUUUUCAAAGUAUCACAAGGGAAAGUACUUCAGUUGCAAUGUAAAGAAAGCGACUCGAUAACGUGGAAGUUUAGCAGUACUGGUAACUCAUUGACAGCAAUGCCCAUUAGCCAAACAUAUUAUACCAAUGUGGGAAAAAUAUCUACACUAACAAUUCCUAGUGAUACGUUGAAUACAAAUUGGAACGGUACAUAUUACUGUUUUUCAAACAACAUGACAACAUCGAGAAGAGUUGACGUCUAUAGCCUGAUUCCAGCCAGCCAGAUUCAGAUUCAGCCAGCUAGUUUCUCGUAUGUCUGUGAAACUUCAGUAACAUUUACAUGUUGCGUGGAUAACAUUAACAAUUACCUUAAUGCCAAAUUAAUCAUUUCAAAGGAAGAACGAGAUAUGAAGCAAAAUGGCCCAUGCUACACAGCAUCUUAUGAAGUACCUGCUCCCUGUGUUACCAAUAUUAUGGCUACAUGCAAAAUCUUUAACCAGUUAAAUGACUCUGUAACUAGUAUGGACAUGACAGGAUAUCCACUAAGCAAAGCUGUCAGGUCAGACAAAGAGAUGCCAGGCACACACAGCCUGCAGGCCUCAGAUUCAGACUCUGAUACCAGCGUCACUAGCCGCAAAAGGGAGCCCUCGCCCCUUACAAAGAAAGAUCUGAAAGACUUACUAUCUGACAUGAAAUCACUAGUGGCAGAUGAGCUGACGAAACACCUAGCCCCACUCAAAGAGGGCCUGACUGACUUAACGAAACGCACUCACACCCUGGAAAACAAAAUGGCCGACGUUACCGCCAUCACCUCCAGCCAUGAGGCCACACUCAAGGAAGUGCAGGGACAAAUAGCAUACCUAGAGGACCUACAAGAAGACCUGAACAACAGAUCCAGGCGGAAUAACAUUCGCAUAAGAGGUCUGCCAGAAUCCUCCGCACCAGAGGCCCUCAACGCCAUGCUUCAUGAGGCCUUCAGCAGCUUGCUGCCAGACGCUCCACCGUCAGAUCUUCUCCUCGACAGAGCGCACAGGGCUCUCCGCCCGCCCUCCGCGAGUACCUCACAACCACGGGACAUCAUAGUCCGCUGCCACUACUUCCAUAUUAAGGAAGCAAUAAUGCGCGCAACUAGAGAGACCCCACUUCAAAUAGAAGGCCAUGCGGGCCUUAACAACCCCAAAAAACGUCACGCCCUACUACGAUGGGCCCACAGCCAAAAAGCAGACAUUCUCUUAGUUCAAGAAACCCACUUCACCCCUCACAAACACUUCCCACUCCAGAACAAGCACUACAACCGCAGCUUCCAUGCCAACUCACCAGAAGCUAAAACCAAAGGAGUAGCCGUCAUACUUAAAGCAUCCUGCCCUCUGACCGAUGUCCAAGCUUUCCCGGACAAGCAAGGUAGAUACCUCACGCUCACAGGCAAAAUAGGACCCUCAACCUAUUCUAUCACCUCCUUAUACGCCCCCACAACCCCAGACCCAGCUUUCUGGCAAACAUUCUCGGCCCACCUAACAACGCUCAAAGCAACCUUCACCAUUGUAGGGGGCGACUGUAACGCCACACACCACCCAACCCUGGACCGCACAACCAAAUCCCAGGGAGAACCACGACCCUCACACAACGACGCCCCUUUCUCUCAAUUCCUUCACACACACAACCUCCUGGACAUAUGGAGAGCCCAGCACCCCUCCACUCGAGAUUAUACGUUCUACUCCCAUCCCCACAACACCUACUCCCGUAUCGACUACUUCCUCAUCUCCCCAAACAUCACAUCCAGAAUCACACACACCUCCAUAGGCCAUAUAACAUGGUCGGACCAUGCCGACAUCUCCCUCACCCUCUCAAUUCCCAACAUGACACGUCCGUGGACAUGGAAGCUCAACUCACAGCUCCUACAAGACAAGCUCGGAACCAUGUCCCUGGCAGAAAACAUAAAGGAGUACUUCACCUUGAAUGACCCUUCUGUGUCCUCCCCAAUCACCCUUUGGGCGGCCCACAAACCGGUCAUAAGAGGCAAAUUAAUAGCCAUUGCAACGACACACAAAAAACAACAUAACAGACAACUCAUGGACACCAUCUCUGAAAUAGGCCGUCUAGAAACUCUACACAAGCAAAACCCAACUCCCUCUCUUUUUGACCAGCUCUCAUCAGCUAGGACCCUGCUCAAACGCCUCUCACUCUCAGCCACAGCUAAAGCACUCACAUGGACCAAACAAAAAUACUACGAGAAGGGUAACAAGGCAGACUCGAUGCUAGCAAAACGUCUCAAACACCUAACGGACUCGAAACGAAUCUCCAAGAUUCGUACAUCAGACGGCACACUGAGUAGAGACCCCCACACAAUCGGGAAAACAUUCCAACAAUACUUUACGUCCCUCUACAACCACACCCCGAACCCCCAAACCGACCUCACCCAAACCUUAACAGACGACUUCCUCAAAACACUCUCCCUCCCCUCCCUCACAGACACAGCUAGAACGAUAAUCUCCGCAGACAUCACCCCAGAAGAACUGCAAGCAGCUAUAAAAACCUUAAAACCCAAUAAAAGCCCUGGCCCUGACGGCCUGACAGCUAUCUACUACAAAACAUUUGGAGACAUACUCACCCCACGACUAUGCAAAGUAUUUAAUGAAAUGCUCAAAGGCACCCCACUACCCCCCGACAUGACGCGAGCGAACAUUACUCUCCUACCCAAACCCGGUAAGACCCACGAAGACCCAGGCCACUUUCGCCCAAUUUCACUCCUGAACAUAGACUUAAAACUCCUGACCAAAGUGAUGACGACAAGAAUCAACCCCCUCUUACCAAAACUUAUCAACCCAGACCAAGCACUGACAAGCCCAGAUUCUGAAGCCCAACUACCAGAUUUGCUUGAAAAUAUUUCUGCACAAGUGAACAGUGAGUCGAGCAGCAUAACAAACUCAUCCAAUAAUUUAGCACUUGUAGUAAGCAUGUUAUCACAAGUUAAUAACGUCGCCACAACAGUACAAAAAUCAUUAAUGCAGAAUUUCCUUUCUACAGUCAACGUUGUAGUUAACGAUUCAUCUGUUGCUGCUUGGAAAAAUGCACCGGAUCAAACCGCACAAAGUUCAAAUCUACUUCAGUCCGUGGAAAACUUUGCUAAUAAACUUGUUUUCAAUGUAACGGUAUCCAUAAAAGCUAACACAAAUGUCCAGUUAGCAGGCCUUAUUGUAGAUCAAAACACAAAUACAUUUCAAGAAAAUUUCACUUUUGAUGGUAAUUUGACAGGCAAUGUUUAUACAAACACUCUGAAGCAUAUUCCACCGAACUCAAGCAUUGUGAGCAUUGCAUAUUCAACCUUAAAGGACAUUAUACCUACCGGAAAUAAUACACAGGUAUUGAAUGGUCUUGUCAUGACUACUACUAUUUCUAACAGAACCAGUACAGAGGACUUUAAAAUUUCAAUGAACUUUAAAACGAGCAAUAACUCGUUAAAGAAUCCCAAAUGUGUUUUCUGGAACUUUACCACAGAGUCUUGGGAUGGUGCUGGGUGCAGCAUUGUAGGAAAUAAUUCGGACAAUGUAUCAUGUGAAUGCACCCACUUGACUUCAUUUUCAAUUCUGAUGUCGUAUGGUGACCCUAAACCGAAACCUGUAAUUGAAGUAAUAAUAUUGGACUAUAUAACUUACAUUGGUGUUGGAAUUUCCAUGCUUAGUUUGGUUAUUUGUAUCUGUGUCGAAGCCACAGUGUGGAAGUCAGUGACAAAGAACAAAACCUCUUACAUGCGUCAUGUUUGUAUAAUAAACAUCGCAGUAUCGCUCCUGCUUGCGGAUAUUUGGUUUAUUAUCGGAGAUGCAUUGACUCCAAAGUCAGGAGUACCUGUAUCAGAUGCCUGUGUGGCUACCACCUUCUUUACACAUUUUUUUUACCUGUCCGUGUUUUUCUGGAUGCUAACGAUGGGGCUUAUUCUCUUCUAUCGCCUUGUUUAUGUUUUGCAUGACAUGAGUAAAACUAAUAUGAUGACUAUAUCAUUCGCUCUGGGCUAUGGAUGCCCUCUGGUUAUUUCGGUAAUUACUGUGGCUGUCACCCAGCCAAGAAACUUAUAUACAUCAAGCAAUGCAUGCUGGCUGAACACAACGGAGAGCAAAGCAUUCAUUGCAUUUGUGGUGCCAGCGUUAGCAAUUCUGCUUGUGAACGUCAUGAUUGUUUUUGUAGUUCUGAAAAAACUCUGCAGACCUGCUGUUGGAGACAAACAAAAAAAGGACGACUCAAGCACGUUGAAACACAUUGCAAAAUGCAUUCUGAUUUUAACUCCCCUGCUUGGUCUCACCUGGGGAUUUGGUAUUGGAACAGUGGCUAGCCAGGAAACAUGGAUCCAUGGUAUUUUUGCAGCUCUCAACUCACUUCAGGGUUUAUUUAUUCUGCUGUUUGGGUGUUUGAUGGACAAAAAGGUACGAGAGGCUUUGUUCCACACAUUCUCACUGUCCAGAUUCACUUCACAACAGACCAAGACUACCAACACCAACUCUUCAGAUUCUCCAUUCCCUAAGACAGUCAUGAACAAAGGAGUCUUCAAUCUGUUUCAUAAAAAAGGAGCUUACAACAUUUCUUCAGCUCACGUGAGUUCUUCAAGCGACAUUCCAUCAAAUUCAUAUUCACUACUUCACUGACAGUGAAUUGAAAUUCCAAUGAAAAUUCUGAUGCAUUUGAUUUUUACUUGGAUAUUGUGAUUUUCAUAAACAAAUACUGUAUGCACUUUAUUUCAUUUGCCAAAGCUCCUGACACCCUUUCAGUACAUGGAACAUAGAAUUAUGGGGUUUAUUGUCAAACCUCCGUAAAUGUAAGAUUAAAAGUCCUCACCGUGUGAAAGAUAUUCAUAGCACUGAUAGUUCAUGUGUUUCUUUUCUUUCAAAUGUGAUUAUCAUUCACUAGCUAGACCUCUUGAGCUGUUGAUGAAUCACAGUCCCUCUAAAUUAUACUCGUAAAAAGGAAGUGGUGAGUGUUGUGGGAAUUAUUCAUGGAUAUGGCAGUGAGGGGAUCUC